AAGAUGUCGGAGGUGCGGCUGCCUCCGGUGCGGCCGCUGGAGGAUUUCUUGCUGGGCUCGUCGCGCUUGGCUCCGCCGGACCUGCGGGACCUGCAGCGGUGGCACAACCGGGUGCUCAACAACCUCCUCUACUACCAGAGCAAUUACCUGCUCCUGCUGGGCGCCGGGCUGCUGCUGGGCGGAUACUUCCGCUUCCUCCUGACCCUGCUGAGCGCCGCGCUGGUCACUCUGAUCUUCCUGGGGUUCAUCUGGGCGGCGGAGAACAAGGCCCCCGUGCGGCGCUUCCGGCGCAACUAUCCCGGCACCUGCCUCCUCACAGUCCUGGGCUCUGCAUACUUCCUGGUGUCUCUCUUUGAUGGUUCGGCUGUCUUCCUGGUCUUCCUUGCUCUGCCCAUCGCCUUGGUCCUCCUCCACGCCUCCCUACGUCUCCGCAAUCUCAAGAACAAGAUCGAGAACAAGAUCGAGAGCAUCGGCUUGAAGCGGACACCCAUGGGGCUGCUUCUGGAAGCUCUCGGGCAGGAACAGGAAGCCGGAUCCUAAGCGCCGUCGAUCCGUUUCCUCCCUUCCUCUGGAAACGUCACCUUCCCCGCCAUUGACUGUCGACAUCUUCCCACCCUGUUGCUGUCUGUUCACUUGACCCAUUCUAGCGGCUUGGCUAUGAGCUUGUGUCAAAGAUGCCCUAUCCCCUGGGAAUUCUUGCGAAUCACCAGUGGAACUCCCCGACUCGAAGCGCAGAGGGGUGAGACUUAAUGGAGAGCAGAAGGGGCGGGCGGCGUUCGUAUCCGACCGUGAGCAUCGACUCUUGGGAUGGUUCCCCGUCUGAUCUUGGGGGUCGUCUUGCUGGAAGCAAGCGAAUAAGGAUAUCUGUAGCAGUGAAUAGGAAUGUUGAAGGAGCAGAUAAGAAUACUGAAAAGGCAGUAUUUUUUUAAAUUGGCUGUAAAAAGUUAGCCUGUGGGACUCUCGACACUUGAUUUUUUAAAAUCACGUAUGAAGACUUAAUCCUAGAGCAAAGAGUUGUCAGUUAGCGAGCUGAAAAGGCAGUCUGGUCCAUGGCGUUCCAAUGAAUAAUUAUUCCUAGCAUUUAGGUAGUCUUUUCCAGUGUUCGGAAGUGCUCCACAUGCGUUAGCAUCUUGUAACACUCACAACGGCCCUGUAAAGGAGGGCAGUGGUGGUAUUUGUGUGUGUGGGGGGAGAAGGAUUUAGGCUUGCCUAAACCCAUCUAGGAAUUCUGUGGCAGGGACAAAGUCUGGUUCGUAGUUUAGUCUCAGCCCCCGCACUGUACCCGUUCUUCUGUAAAGGCUCUGGCCUCUGGGUUUUAUAGAGAGGAUGUCCUUUCAGCAAGAUUUCCUGUUGGAGCAAAGAUAGGUAGGCUCCGGGGGGGGGGGGGAAAAAAGAUGACCAAGCUCAGUGUUCACACGAAAGCCAGCCGUCCAAUCACCCGUAGGUUUCACUUCCUUUAUGCUUCAGCGCGGAGGUGAAACUCCAAAGUGCGGAAGCAACGUGCCACCGACAUCAUCCCUGCUGCAAGCGAUUCCCGUGUUGUGUACCGUUUGCGGGGAGGAGGGGAACGGAAGAGCCCCGCCCAUUUCCAGAGGCAGAGUCCGGAACACCCCCUCCGUCCCUCUGCAUGCCUGUCCCACCCGGUCCGUGUUCAGAUCCCGUCCGUAAAACGUCAGAGAACGGGACCAACGGGCAGAGUAGCCCUGGACGGCCUCAAAGAGUCCAAUCUGGGCUGGGGGCCUGGGGGGUUAGGAAGUGAAUGAAGACACUUCCUCAGGGGUCCAGAAACAUUGCCAAAAAAAGAUGGGGCCAGAGUGCCGCACCCAUCCUUAUCUGUCUGUACCGGCCUGGUAUUGAUUUGGUCAUGGAAGGGGGUGGGAUUCGUAAUAGAACCCUGUGUCCUGUUUGUUUGUUUUUUGUUACAAAAAGUGUUACAGCUUGGCAAAAA